GUCCGUACGUUUUCUAAAUAUGAAGUAACCAUAUCUCAAUGCAACCCACUCCAGGACAGAGCAUCUCUACCCCUGGGCAACCAAGAAAGUCCACACACUCGUUCAAUUACCGUGCCCGUAAAUCAAUACUGCUCCAACGAGUUUAGCUUGGAAGAUCCAAAUGAGCAUUACAGCUUUGCGCUUCAAACUGAAUGGAUACGCAUUCCAAACCUAAUCUACAGAGUAAGAUUUUCACCAACCAACCGGCGAACCUUCUUUCACACUUGUAGAUUCUGCUGGGAUUCUGGGAAUCUCAUUUGCUACGAGAUAUUUAGCAUUGUUGGUGACCAGGUACUCUUCGCUGUGUAGCUACCAUACAAUCGAGCGGACGGCGUAGUGUUUUGCCCUACUCUGCUUUAAAGAGAGACCAGCGUUUAUAUUACGAGUUAUUGGCAUGCUUGUCUUUUCCAAGUUCCGUCCACCCCCGUCUGAUCUUUGCGCAAGUUACAGGAGUAUAUGGAUUGCCUGGGUAGACUCAGACUCAAAGCAAGACUAAGAAUACGUCCACGCACGACUGCGACUGCGACUGCGACUACUGUGCACUUUAUAUCAAUCGGACAUCUUCUUUGCGUCCUCACUAUCCGAACUAGUCUCGAGGGGGCUUACGCUUCACCGUCCCAUUCAGCAUCUCGAUCAAUCAAUUAGAUCAUACAUAAACUCCCUGGAAGCCCCAAAACCCUAAACCCUUGAACCUGCCUAUCUUCUCCACCCGAAAACGGUUUAUCAAUUUAUGCCGACGUACUCGUCCAUUUUCAUAUCGCGCGGCACUUUUGACGAACAAAACCAAGGGAUUGGUACGGCACCGAGUGAAAGAUAGAAAGAUAGAAAGAAAGCUUAAUUCUUAUUUCUCUUCUUCCUUUUCACGUAUUUCCUCCUUAAAUCACUCUCCGACCGACACACCAGAAGAUCCACGCUUGAUAGCCUUUCACCUAUUUACCAGUUAGCAGUGCUUUAAUCGUUUAGUGAGCUAUAGCUACAUCAACCACGAUCCGUCAACGUCAAAACCUCGAACUAGACCACCCCUCCAAGCCAGAACUAUCAAGAUAUAAGUCAGCUGGUCGGCACGUCCAAAACACUUCUUUCUGCUCAUUGCAUCAGGUAUGUACAAUAAUCUUUCCUUGAAUACAGACAUACAUACACACGCACACACACACGCAUACACACACGCUUCAUACAUACACAUCUUUCAUACUGUUCAAUCAUCUUCCCCCUUUUCCAAAGGAGAGGACUAGAAGAGAAGAGAAGACGAGAAAAGAAAGCAUCCGGGCACUCGCAUAUUGCAGGUGGUGUAUCUACUUUUGCUGUUGUGUACCCAGAUAUGCCUUCAUAUCUUUCAACUUGCUCUCCCGUUAUUCGUUCUUCGUUCUUCGGUAGGAGAGACAAACACACACCAGUUACAUCAUCAUCUUGAUCAUCAUCGAUAUCGAGAAACAUCUCCAAUCCCAUCCAAUCCAUACCAUCUCAACCCUUCACAUUCACCCCUUGCACGCAUCAAAUAUAUUUGAAUCGUCUGCUGGACAAAAUAUGUUUUUCCUCCAAACCCUUUUCAUUCCCUUCAGAUAUUGGAAAGAGCAAAAGAUAUGUUAUCUCGACAUGUUCAAACCCUCGUAUCAAUUCCGUGCGCAAGAAAAGGAUAAUUGUGGGCGGUCACAUUCAAAGUCUUCACGAAUCCACACAUCCAAUGUUUCUCAUACAAAUGUCGUUCUAUUUUUGUCUUGGGCCGUUUUGUAUCAGAAUUGAUCUCAAAAGAAGCAAAAAAGAUUAAGCUCAAGUUCAAGCUCGAGCUCGAGCCGUAUUCCAAACUCUACAACUAGAAACCCUUCUCCACAAGUUCCACAAGUUCACACGUCGAAAUCUAUUUAUUUCUUUACUUUUUUUCGUUCUUCGGGGUAAGAAUAAGCGUAAAGUCUGGGAGGCUUUAGUUUAAGCUUCUGUCACCUUGUGCGUCAACUUGUCUCAUGUUCGCGUCGACUUCCGUCUUGUAUUUUUGGAGUGGGACAAGAAGAUUUCGAAUCUUUGACUAACAAUUCAUCUGAAGCGAAAAGAAGAUCGGUAGAAGAAGCUCUUUCAUCCAACGUCUCACCAUCAGAAAUACACUCGACAACACCUUCACUUUUUGGACAAUUACGUCAAGGGUCCAAACUCAAUCGAUCAGUCACUCAAUCAAUCAAUAAUUAAACAACCUGCCCACUUCGAUUUUGAAACGUCAAGAACGUUAGUUGAUGUGCCGACUUCCUCCUCCUCCUACCCGCACAAGUUUCCAUAUCUGACGUCCGAGAAUCUGCCAAGAAAUUAAGCCGCGUAACUCGAUCAAGCACAGAGGCACAAGAGGAGAGACAAAUCUUCAAACUCACAAGUCAAUUGAUUUGGAUAGCCCUAGUACGAUUUCACGUUGAGCAGAGUUGAUCUAUCAUAAUUUACUUUGUCUACCAACACAAUCGAAAACCAAUUACUUAACCCACACUCCUCCAUGGAGACCUACCACGGACAUGUACGUACUCCUGCGGAUGCGAUUAAAUUAUUCGAAGCCUGCCGACUUGGUCUAUUACCCAGAGUGCAAAGAAGACUGUCGGAAAAGGAAAGACAAUCAAUAAAGGCUGGAUCAGUAUUUGUUUGGGAUGAGAGGGAAGCUGGCAUGCGAAGAUGGACCGAUGGGAAAUCAUGGAGCGCAAGCAGAGUCUCGGGGAGCUUCUUAACAUAUCGGGAGAUGGAAGGAAAGAGGGGAGGUGGUCAGUUCGUACCACCACCAGCACGGAGAAUGGCAGGAAAGACACCGGACAGUGGAAAGGGUAGCGAUGACGAUCAAGACAUGGACGGAGAUGGACCGGACGGGUACAGAUACAAACCUGAUGGUUUGAUGAAACAAUCCUUCAGUAUCACGACUUCUACUGGGCAUCAUCUUCAUUUGAUCAGCUACUACUUCUCGCGACAUCAUCCAAAUGCUCCCGAGCUUCCACAACCUACAAGUGAUCCACAACUUCAACGGAUCGUUCCUGAAAAGGGAAUGUAUCCAGAAUCGACAGUUCAUGAAGCGCAAGGCCCAGCUAUCACCAGAGCGCCAAUGCAACAAGGUCCUUAUAUGCAACAACCACAUUCACAUAUGCAUCAAUCUCAACAUCGAGUUCCAUAUGGAUAUCCCUCGGGAUAUGGCCCAUGGCCACCAUCGCCGGUUUCUACUCCUCCAUAUCAUCCUCAACAGAUGUAUUCAUCACAGCUUCCUCCGCCACCACCUGGAUCAAUGCAUCCUUCCCCUUAUCACAUGCCACCGGGACCUCCACAUACAUCGCCUUACCAAUCUCACCAGUAUAGUCCUCAUCAUCAUCCUAGUCACGCUCCUGGCAUGAUGGCACAUGGUCCACCACCACCAACAGUAUAUGACCGGCCUCCACCGCCUCUCUCAAACUCCUCUUUGCCACCACCACCUCCACAUAACUAUCAAAACGGUGCUUCUCAGCCACAUCGUCAAGUCUAUCGUCCAAGUCCUCAAGCUGAGCAUGCCAGAAUACAGGUUGAACAGCAUGCACUGAUGGCUCAAAGAGCGUUACAAACAAGUGGAAUGAUUGAUCCAAGAUUGGCUCAACCACCGCCACUUCCACCAGUCAAUAUUGGACCCAAUGGUGCUCAAAGAACAACUACUCCACCAAGGCAGACAACUGUUUCCCCAGCUCACACACCAAAGAGUCUCCAUGAUCAAUCAUCCAAUUCUCCAAAUGGAACUCCAAAUGGAAUCAGUAAAUCAGAGGCUCAAACAAAACCAUCCAUCUCGAGUCUUGUUCAUAACACCGAUUCAGCAUGUGUCCUAGAAGAUAACAAAUCGAACAGUGGCAAUACUUCCAGACCCGGCUCAACCAGUCCAAGACAAAAUGACAGGGUUGAAUCAAAGAUAGAUGAAGAAAAGAAAGUUUCUGGUGUCACGAAUGGGGCAUCGGAAAUCGGAAAAUUAAACGCAGGACUUCCUGCCGCAGGAGUUGGGUGUAAUGAAAGGGAAGAUCGAAGAGCCAUAAGUGUCUUGGAUCGAAAGUUUAUGAUCUAGAGGGGAAGGGAUAUGGAUGGUAUCAGGGGCAUGAAUCUUUGGCGUGCAAAAUUACAGGAAAGGAGAGGUUGGGAGGUUCAGUCAAUAAUGGCGUUAGGUAUGAGAGGAGUUUUGGUUUUCAGGAAUGAUAUCCCAUACUUUCGUUUUUUUUAGUUUCGAUUUAUUGCAGCAUACAUACUUUUUAUCCAUUCUUUCUUCUCUGUACAAUUUUACAUGAACGAGCAGUCUUUCCUUGACAAUGGAUGGAAUAAGCAAAGGGAUAGGGCGAGGUGGUUUGAUUGUUUGUGGAUGGUUUGACGUGACAUUACAUUGCAUUGCUAUGGAGUUUACUUUUGACACUUCUCUUUUGUUGUUUCUGAAGAAGGGCGGAGAUGAGAUGAGAUGAGAAGAAUAGAUGGGAUAUCAUCGACUCAUUCUAUUUUGUACUACAUUACAUGGCUAGAUACAGAUGUAGUUGGAGGAAACAUAAGAAAGAAAUCCUCACAAUUAGUUCGUUUGUCUAUAAUAGCAUAAUCAGAGUGAGAUGUGAUGAGAUGAAACAAAAAAGGGAACCCCA